UCUCACUUCCGUUUGCCCUUCGGGACCUCUUAACUUCUGUCAGUGAGUCGCCACUAUCUGCCAGCUACUCGGACAAAUUUUGUGGCCAGAGCAGUGAGGCUGAAGACAGCAGGGGGAAUGAGUGCUGCACGGACGCUGCGGGUGCCGGGCCGCCAUGGCUACGCGGCCGAGUUUUCCCCGUACCUACCGGGCCGCCUGGCCUGCGCCACCGCGCAGCAUUACGGCAUCGCGGGUUGUGGAACCCUACUAAUAUUGGAUCAAAAUGAAACUGGGCUUGCAAUUUUUAGAAGCUUUGACUGGAAUGAUGGCCUGUUUGAUGUAACCUGGAGUGAGAACAAUGAACAUGUCCUCAUCACCUGUAGUGGUGAUGGCUCACUGCAGCUCUGGGACACCGCCAAAGCCACAGGGCCACUACAAGUCUAUAAAGAACACACUCAGGAGGUAUAUAGUGUUGAUUGGAGCCAAACCAGAGGUGAACAACUUGUGGUGUCUGGCUCAUGGGAUCAGACUGUCAAAGUGUGGGAUCCAACUGUUGGACAGUCUCUGUGCACCUUUAGAGGCCACGAGAGUGUCAUUUAUAGCACAAUCUGGUCUCCCCAUAUCCCUGGUUGUUUUGCUUCAGCCUCAGGUGAUCAGACUCUGAGAAUAUGGGAUAUGAAGGCAGCAGGAGUCAGAAUUGUGAUUCCAGCACAUCAGGCAGAAAUUUUGAGUUGUGACUGGUGUAAAUACAAUGAGAAUUUGCUGGUGACGGGAGCAGUUGAUUGCAGUUUGAGAGGAUGGGACUUAAGGAAUGUACGACAGCCAGUGUUUGAACUUCUUGGUCACUCCUAUGCUAUUAGGAGAGUGAAAUUUUCUCCAUUUCAUGCUUCAGUGCUGGCAUCUUGCUCCUAUGAUUUUACUGUAAGAUUCUGGAACUUUGCAAAGUCUGACCCUCUUCUUGAAACAGUGGAACAUCAUACAGAGUUUACUUGCGGCUUAGAUUUUAGUCUGCAGAGCCCCAGUCAGGUGGCUGACUGUUCUUGGGAUGAAACAAUAAAGAUAUAUGACCCUGCUUGUCUUACUGUUAUUCCUGCUUGAUACAUACUGCUACGGUCAGAAACAAGGAUGUUGGCUGAAGAAUUACUUGCCAGCAAAUAAAGUACCUAUCAAAAACAUAGACAUUAUGCUUUUAUAUGCCAGUCAGAUUUCGAAUUCUUCAGAUUCACCUUGGAAUCAGUUUUGAGGCAGCUAAUAAUAAAGACUUUGGGUCAUUCUGAAAGCCUGGUAUAUAAGCCAUAUAUUUUAAAAUCCUAAGACAUAAUUGGUAUUUUGUUGUAUUACCUAUUAAAAUGUAAUCUCUGUAUUAUAACAUGGAUUAAAAUAGGAGAGAUCAGUAGACUAUGGGGAGUCAUGUUUCAUCCUUGUCUUUUUUUAUGUAAAAUGUAGCUACUACUUUUGAUGAAAAUCAAAAUAAACUACAUCUUGAACAUAUAUUAUUUUGUGACAUCCCUAAUAAGAUUGCAUUUUAAAUAUAUAUGAAUAUAGUAUUAUGGGUGAUGUGGAUGUAGCUGUGGUUUACAUUUGGGCCCUAAGAUAGAUUUGCUUUAUUCAGAAGCUAUUUUUUGAACAUCUACUAUGUGCCCAACAUAUAGCUGAAUGAAAUUCUCUCCAGAACUGCUACUAUGCUCUAAGAACAUAGAAGCUGUGAAGUAAGAGCUUCCUGCUAUUUUUUAACAUUUAUUCAACUCUUUUAGAUAUUUACACCUGACUAUCUCUCCUUUCCCAUUUAUCUACUAUCAAACCCUUUUUAAUCUGUCCACCAAGCAAAAAGUCAGAAAUCCUAUUGAGGCUUUUAAGAACAUCCUUGAAAUGAUCCCUAAAUAAUGCUAUAAACCCUUCUUGCUACCUCCCUCAAUCUCUUUGAAAAAGUUGUAGGUACUAAAACUGGGGGGAAAGUAGUUUAAAAGGACAUUGUUAAAACAAAUUACUGGGCCUGAGAAAUAUAGUUCAGCAGUAUAAAUUCCUGCCUGGCAAGCAAGAAUUCAUGAGUUCAAUCCCUGGAACUGGGGGAAAACAAAAGACAAAUUACUUUCUGUAAUGUUUUAUACAAUAUUAAAGUGUAUUAUAAAUAACAGAUUCUAAUUCUUGUUUUAAGAAUUUUUAACAAAAUGUAUUUUAAGUGAUCAAAGCAAAAAAAUAAAAACCUAUUGCUAUUGUCUUA